AUGCUGCCGCUGAGGUCCGCCGCCGCCGCGCCGUGCUCGGUUGCAGGACUGCUGCUCCACCGAUUCGCAUCCUGCUCGUCCUCUUCUGUCUAUUCGGUCCGCCACCACGCCUCGUCUGCUGUCUCCUCCCAGCCCUCCACCUGCCCCACCACUACCUGGUCCCCUUCCACCCACUCCAGCAGCCCCAGGAUCCGGGGGUUUGCGGUCUGGGCAUCGGCGCCGGGGCCGGUGGGGUCUGCGGAUUCCCCCGCUACAAUGGCGCUAGAGGCUAAGAUCAAGGAGCAGCUGGAGGCGGACACAGUCACGGUUGUGGAUACCUCUGGGGAUGGCCGCCAUGUCUGCAUAGACGUGGUUUCCAAGGCAUUUGAGGGAAAAUCUGCUGUAAAUAGGCAGAGAAUGGUUUACAAGGCUAUAUGGGAGGAGCUUCAGAGCACUGUGCAUGCUGUGGACCAAAUGACUACCAAAACGCCUGAUGAAGCUGGUGCCAACAAGUAA